CCAAUAUCUCUUUUCUUUAUUUAUUUCUACACCAUCUCAUUUGUUCAAGCCAUGAAGUUUGCCUAUUUUUUGAUAUCAGCCAUUUUAUUUAUAGAAUAUAUCGUAUGCCAAAAUCUGACAAUGGUUUACCCACAAGCAAAUAACGUGUUUCAUACAGGAGACAAAAUCCUUAUUGAAUGGCAGAAUAGGCUACCAGACGGAAAACCACGUACGUACGACGAUCUCACUAAAAAGAAAGUAGUUCCACUCAACGCCUCACUCAGCUAUGCUACGAUUGCCCUUGCCUACGGUGAAAGCAACGAUUUGCGCAUUUGUCAUGUCAUGACAGAUAGAGCGUCACUGAACUCGGGCUAUUAUGAAUGGGCCAUUCCACAUAGUAUUACUACACGCAAUAAUUAUGUGGUUGAAGUAGGAACAGAUUCCGACAAUAUUGCAUUUGCUGGUAAAAGAAUAAUAAAUCCCAUGCAUCCUUCGCGUACAGCGUAAGUGUCGCUUCUCACAGAACAUUGAUACUCCUCUCUCAACAUAGGUUACAUCACCAUUAUCAACAACUCUACAAAGUCAUCGACCGAUACCAAAAAGUGAUAGAGUAUUGUAUUUCAUCUAUGAAUGAGCACAACAGGAGAGGCA